AUGACCGAUGAUAAUCAAGGAAAAUUGAGCUUAGCAUAUACAUCGAUAGCGGUUGGCGUGGUUAUUAUAGUCCUUGGGGUACCGCUAUGGUGGGUAACUACCGAAGUCUAUCGAGCUCCAUUGCCGUACAAUAGAAUAGCCCAGUUGGCAUUUCUACAGCCGCAAAGUGUUGUACCCGUUGAAGUAGUAUGGCUAACUAAGGGAGAAGGUGUCACGGAAGAGUCCACAAAACUGUCGGAGCUACUGAAAGCUAACUUAAAGUCGGCCAGUUCUGAUAAUAUGACUAUCAUAGAUUAUAUUAUUACAACGAGAGUGGGUAACGAAAUGGAAAUGGAAAUAGUUAAAGAGAAUUUAAUCGCACUAAAUGAAUUGGAUCGUAAACUUGGCGCAUUAAAUCCGGAAUCUCAAGGAUUUCGUUUCUAUUUGUUGCGACCCAGUCAAAUAAAGUCUCCCAUAAAUCGCAUCUACGUAGGAAGUUACUAUUCUACAUUCAUUGUACUCAACGAUGGUGAAAGAUAUGAGAGCUUUGCAACAAAGAUUCAGCUUGUGGUCAAGGAUAUUUAUGUUAAUGAGAAAGUAUUAAGGAAUACAGUUACAUCUAUUCUUGGGUUUCGUGAGAAAAAAGCCGAUGUAGAAAGUAUGCGAGCGAUCAGAUCAACGGACUCUUAUCAGCUAUCAUUUACUCUUAUCAAUCCUGAACCACAUAAUUUAAUAGCAAAAUGGAAGAUAGCGGAUGCUAUUAGAAUUUAUUUAGAUCCUUUUCUGAAAGCUUUAAAGGAUUUUAGUAGUUUUACUAUUGAUUCGCAGGUGUUAUAUUACAGUGGGUUAUCUAUAAGGCCUUCACAGGAUUCUGCAACCGGAUCGUACUAUCUGACUCCAAGAUUAUUGCCAAGAGUUAUCAACUCGAUCGAAUCAAGAUUAGGUUCUCAUGCCACUAAUAAUCCUGCCGCUAAUUUUAUAUUAUACGUACCGGAGACAAAAUUUAAAAAUUUGCAUAUACGAACGUCAAAAAAUGAUAGCCGUAUGACCUACUCCUUCAUUAGUCCGAGAUGGGGAGGUUUCAUAAUUGAUAGUAAAGCGCACAACGCUUUAAAUACUUCGAAAGUUUAUGAAGUUGAUUUGAAAGAAGCUAUGGACAUUUUCGUCGCGCACUUAAAGCUACUACUUGGAAUUCCAAAGAUUUCGAUGUCUGGCGAUAAACGAUUAGAAUUUGGUAAAUCAGACGUUGGCUUAUCAAAAUGGGAAUACAGUUGCCUUCUGAGGCGUAGAACUCUCGAAAAUGUAGCAUCAGCAAAUCAGACUCUCACUUCAUUAGCAAAACUUUUAGAAGAAAUUACUAAUAUUGUAAUAAGUGAUAGGAUAAAAGAGUUGAUUAAUCUUUCAAUUGAAGAAUUACACAAGAGUUUAGACUUUAUGAAAAGUGGAGAUAAUGCUAGAGCAUUCGCUCAUUCAAAAACUGCUGUUACAAAUUCAGAAAAAGCAUUUUUUGAUGCAUCAUUGCUUGAACUAUUAUAUUUCCCUAGUGAUCAGAAGUUUGCCGUUUACGUGCCACUUUUUUUACCAAUCAGCUUACCUAUCUUACAAUCAUUGUAUCAUGCAAUUAGAUUUUUAUAUAGACAGCGUAAAGAUAAACAGAAAAAAGAAUGA